AUGUUGUAAAACUAUGUCUCAAACACAACACGAUACUAGUACAUAUAGGCAUUGGGAUAAGGAAAUAUGAGUUAGGUCGUGUUAGUAAAAGACAUGAUGAAAAAUCAAUUGUGUGCAAUGAAGAUUGUAUUGACAACAUAUAGGUGUAGAUUUUGAAAGAACUCUUGGAUGAUCCUUAAUUUGCUUUGAGCAUGAAGAGAGAGAUUCUAAUUCAUAUGAAUCUAAAUCAUAAGAAUGUCGUUAAAUUGUAUGAGACCUUUGAAGAUGAUUCGUUUCUUUAUUUAGUCUUAGAGUAUUGUAACUAAGGCACAUUGAGUUCACAAAAAGUCUUGUUUGGAGAGAAUAAUAUCUUCGAUUGUUUUCAUUAGAUACUGGAUGGAAUAGAUUACCUUCACAAUAAUAACAUAAUUCAUAGAGACAUAAAAGUAUAUAUAUAUAGGUAAUAAGCCUGACAAUAUCUUGAUUGAUAAUGGUGUUUAUAAGAUUUGUGAUUUUGGAAGUGCAAUUUAACUGAAUUGUGAUCAGUUUUUUAUUUCAGAACAGCAAGGCACAAUUGGAUAUGCAGCUCCAGAAAUGUUAUUAAAUCAAGAUUAUGAUCAUAAAGUGGAUAUAUGGUCAUUAGGUGUCGUUGUUUAUGUAAGAAUGUGAAUUAUGUUAGGAAUUAUUGCAUUUACAUAAACCUCAAUAAGAAGUUUAAGUGAAUGAAAGACUGAAUGAAGAUUUAUAGAUUUUAUUAUAUGCUAUGCUCACAAAGCCUCAUUAACAAAGACCUACCUGUAAGUAGGUUUAUUUAUGCAAAUGGUUUAAAAAAAUGAUGAAGCAAUUAAAAUUGUAUAACAAGUAUGAGCAUGAGCAAUUAAAAAGCAAGCAUCUGAAUAAACAAAUAUAAAUAAAGACUUUACAGAAUUGGUACACCUUUUUCAAAAAUAAUAUUUAGUUGCUUUGAUUUAAAAUAAGCAGCUGUGUCGCAAUCUAACAGUCUUACUUAAAGUGAUUCUACUACUACCCCUAUGAUACCAAAUUCUAUUUAAAAUUCUACUGACUCCCUUCAUGAUUCUAUUCCGAUUGUUGAAUCGCCAGCCAACCCAUAGAUGUGA